GGAGCGUCACGACGCUCCAGACGUUUGAGAUACGCGCACCACGGAAAAUGUGAGCGAGCGUCGUCGCAUCGAUACCUCGCCACCGGAGUUUCUAUUUCUGUGCCCGUUCCUCAAGUGACACCUGCUCCAAAAGCGAAAUUGUCACGGCUGACAUAAUUCCUACGGCGCGCGCUGACUUCAUUUGGCGUUUGUGAUACUGGUGAACAGCUGACACACGCGUGUGUCAGGACUCAUCGCGAUAUGAAGAUGUAAACGAAGACACGCUAGUCAGAACUCAGUUGAGACAAAGUGAUUUAUACGUAUAUUUAUUGAUAUACAUAUAUACAUUGAACACAGUGUACCAGAGUGAAGUGACGUUUCUGUCGAUUGUCACAGAAAUUUUAUUGCCGUGAUGAAGCUGCACGAGAAGAAAGAAUCAGGCAUUCACAAAGUGCAAGAGGUACCUCUUGAGGAAUUGGACUUAUCAAAGGAGUACAAUGUGGAAAAGACUUUGGGCGAAGGUAGUUUUGCGAAAGUCCUACUGGCAACGCACAGAGCUACUCAAACAAGGGUGGUUCUAAAAGCAGUUCAUCAAGAACUCACAUCAGAGAAGGACUUUUUUCGGGAAUUCCAUUACUCGUACCACCUGAGUCCGCAUCCUAAUAUACUCUGCUCGUACGCAGUCGCCUUUAAGGCGGAGAAAUGUUUCGUCUUCGCGCAGGAAUACGCGCCGUAUGGCGAUCUCGCGGGCAAUGUGAAAGCCGGCGGACUCAGCGAAGACGCCUGUAAGAGACUCGCUGGACAGCUUGCUUCGGCCCUCGACUUCAUUCACUCAAAACAACUAGCCCAUCGCGAUAUCAAGUUGGAAAACGUGUUGGUGUUCGCGCAGGACAUGAGCAAAGUGAAGCUAUGCGAUUUUGGCUGCACAAGACGCGAGGGCACUCUCGUGAAUAAGAUUCGUUGCACCUGGGUGCCAUUCCAACCACCCGAGAUUCACGACAUCAUCAAGAACGAAAGGUAUGCUUGCAAGAGGAGCUCAGACUGCUGGCAGUUUGGCAUCGUCCUCUUCGUUUGCCUGACCGGCAAUCCGCCGUGGCAGAGUGCCGACCCGAUCCAAGACCCAGACUAUUCGGCCUUUCAACGAUGGCUGAAACGACGUACUACGAAAAUCCCACCGACUUUCCGCCGUUUCACUCCUAGGCUACUCCGAUACUUUAGGCGAGCAUUCGAACAUAAGCCAGACAAAAGGCCGCACGUGACCGAAAUCAACAAGUACCUAAAGGACUCGUGGUGUAUCAGUAAAAUCAGCCAUAGUGCGACGUCGACAUCGGUCGAUGUCAGCGAAAGCUUUGCUAAGCGAGGCGAUAGCCUGCUCUAUCUCGAUACCAUCUUAGACGAUCGACACAACGUGGACGAGAACAAGAACAAACUGAGGAAAUUGCUCAACAGUUACGGCCUGGAGACUACGGUGGACCAGAAAGUCGUCACCAAGAGGAUAUGGGAAUGGGUGAUGCAGUGCGACUCUAAUGUAGACACAGAGCCAGGUCUAAUCAGUAGCUUCAGCACGGAGAACAUGUGAGAGAUAGUGAGAACAAACAGCGAGCCGUGCCUUCGGGUCACUCGAGAAGAACCGAGUAAGUUCCGAAAGGGCAGCUGCUACAUGCCGUACAGAUGUGCCAAAUAAUCAGCUGAAGCUACAUACCUAAGAGACACUUUCCGGAAAUUUGUACGAAUAGUGUUCCACAAAAAAGAAGACCAAUCAGAACCCUAUUUCAGUAACAUUUCCAAAGUGUCGAAACGCUAAUCACAAGCGGACCAAUUACUAAUGAACUUCCUUAAUUACGUAAGAAUGAAGAUCACGAAAAAAUUCAAGAGACAAUGAUAUUUAUACUGAUUGGUGUUAAAAAACGAUAACUCAUUAUCACAAAUAUUUCCAGGCAGGUAAAUAUGUAAAGUAAAAGAUGUCAAGAUUUCUCUUUCUUCAUUAGUCUUUCUAGCGUUACCUCUAUGUUUAGAAUUUUCUGUUGCUUUGAGAAUUCGAAACAGAAACGAAAUGUCUCUUAAUCACAAGAUGCUCUUUAUUAAGUGUAAAUGUGAUAUAUAAAUAUUUAAAGAGAGAGAGAGAGAGAGAGAGAGAGAGAGAGAGAGAGAGAAUUUAUGUACGAAAGGACAAUGAUAAUUAAUUUGAUGUAUUAACUAUAGAGACAAUAAUGCCAGUGCAUAUGAUUUUUGCGUUAGUCAGUUGUCCUGGUAAACCGAUGGUCUUACAAUUAGUGAUGCCUUAUGCGCGAUUAGGCGCGAGGUUAGACAACUAUAUUUAAAGAUAUUUUGUAUAUCAUUCAAAUCUAUAAUCCCUUUCUGUUUAUAUUACUUAGUAAUGUAAUCUUAAUUGUUAGGCAAGAGUUAAGGAAGCAAGAAGACUGUAUAAUCCAGGGAUUCCCAAACUGGAGAUCGUAACUCCAAACGUAGCAUAGUGCGUGAAAAUAAUUUCGGAAACAAUCCAUUCUUAUUCCAUAACAAUCGAUAAAUGGAAAAAUGGAAAAAAAUUUUCAUUAUUACGUAAAUUGAGAAAUAUUUAUCGCGCGCUCUAUCUUUGAAAAUUUUUAUCAUACAAAUUCAACAGACAAUUUGUAUCGAAAAAAAGCCUCGAAAACAUUACAAAUGUCGAAGAGCCGAAAGAGGCCAAUAAGGAUCACAAAGCGAGAUGGACGAUCACCGGAAGCAUCAUUAACAACAAGAUGUAAAUCACACAAAUGUAGAUACAUUUAUAUAAACAGAUAUACAUUCGCAUUCAUGCUAGACAUGUAUAUACAUAUACGUGUGUACGUAUAUACGUAGGCAAAUAUAGUACACAUAUAUUCUUGUAGCAGUUUAUGGUGUAGCGCAUAGAGGUUCCGUUUGUACAAUUAGUUACGCCAUUUCGUGACGCUGAUAUAGGUGUACCGUAAAAUUGCAUGCACGUUGCGAUUCCAACAAUAAUUUUUCGUUAACGAUCUUAAAUGCAUUAAAACGUCCACGAAUAACAACAUGUCAAAUGGACGUUCCGCGACGAAUCAGUUGCCAAAUUCAUCCCUUGCUUCUUGCAAUUGUGUAUUUUGAUCGAUGCAAUUAAAAAAAAAUCGUGUCGCAAUCAGAGAUUUAUAAUUAAUAAAUGUAAUUAUAAUUACAAUUUGUAAUAUAAUUAUAAUUACAGUUACAUAUAAAUGGCAUCAGUUUUUAUUCUGAUCGUACGGUCUAAACUGAUUAAACUGAUUUAUAUUUUGCACGAAUAUCCAAAUUGCGCAAACGCAAAAUCAUAAGACUGAACUAGAAAAGCUCCUAAUGUAUUAAAAAAGAGGCAUUGGUUUAUUUUUUAUCCGCUUCCAACGGACAUAAUUUCCCGUAGACAUAAAAUCACCAGUAAAUAAAUCGCAACGUGUGGGACUCGAUCUUUCCCUAGAAUUCCGCAAGCGGAUCGUUAUCCGGAUGAUUGUACAUCUACAAAGGAUCGACGUUAACGUUCGGAAUCUAUGCGAAUGAGUGUUUCUAUAUAUUUGUACGUUGAAUGUGGGAGUAUAUACGCGCGAGCAUUAUGACAUCGCUACUCGACAAUAUUCGGACAAUUGUCAUUAUCUCACUGCUAUUUCUCCGUAUUGUCCGAAUUGACUGAGCGAUAAGAUAAACAAGUGGAGGAACCUUUGCAAGGAAACCAGCGCGUGUAGCCUCCAUUAAUACGAAGAAAUGUUUUGUAUAUAUCGAAAUAAAUUUUAAAAUUGUAUAAAAUUGA